UCUAGGCCGCGUAACCCCACUCCUCGUCCGGUCGUCCCUUCCCUGCGCGCGGGAGCAAUUUCCAGUUCGGGCGCAAGGGUAGCUGGUAAGGCUGUAUGUAACUGUUAAAGCCGCUCUGAGUCGCUGUUUGAAAAACUAACUUUCCUCUGGGCUAAAGGAUCGACCUCUCUGCCAAACGAAUAGUGUCAUGAUAGUGGUUUAUUAGUUUCCAGGUCUCUUUUACUGCACAUAAGUAAUGGCGUAUUGGUGCCGAAUCGGGCAAUCUAAGUUGAAAAUCUUGUCCACCCAAUUUCGAAGAUGUUACAUUCAACUCCCCAGCGCAUCUUUAUUGAAUUCCAUCACGCAUCGGAAUACCCGCGUUUCUGAGAGACCAAGCUGGAUUUUUCGAAGUAGAUCCACUGAUGUUUAUAAUAACGCAAGGUUUUUCGCUGCCCCUGCUCAGUCGAAGACGAAGAUGGACAACAGUGAGCCGCGAAUAAAUGAAGAAAUUACUGCGCAGUUUAUCAGGCUUGUAGUUGAUGAUGAACAUUCAAUAGUUUCUAGGCUUGAAGCAUUACAACGCGCUAGGCGGCUCAAGCUUGAUUUGGUGGAGGUUCAGAAAAAUGGAAAACCGCCUGUCUGCAAAAUUAUGGACUACCACAAGGAAAAGUACAAACAACAAGAAAGGGAAAAGGAGCGGGCUAAAAGCAAGUCAGAGUUGAGUUUGAGAAAAGGGCCUGGCAAGGAAAUACGCUUUUCUGCCAAAGCAGAACUAAAAGACCUGAAGAUGAAAGCAGAUAUGGAGAAAUUAAUGGAGAAGGGUUACCGGGUGAAGUGCAGGGCAUUAGGAGGAGCUGGAGAUCAGGACGUUGAAGGAAUAUUAUCGCGCUUUUCUGCUUUGUUAGAAGAUGUGUCUGUCGUGGAAAGUGGACCGCAUCUGGGGGAAAAAAGAAGCUUAUGUGAUUGUCAGGCAUAUCAAAUUUGGGCUACCAAAGAAAGGUGGUGCCCGUGGGAAAAAGUUGCAAGAUGCGAUGAAUAACUCUGUUGAGGCUCAAGAGGCUAGCGACGUUGAUGAAGAUCCGAAUGAAAGUCCUGCUGAAUCAGGGUUUGAGACAGAGGAAGAAGUGCUUUCUGAUGGUUAUAAGCAUGUGUCACUUGUGAUGGACAGGGCUAACUCGGCUGAUACUGGAACAAAUGCUGUACACAAAGAAGGCUCACCAUCAAAACGUAAUUUAGAGCCUCCUGCUAUGGUUGAGAAUAGGUACAGACGAAAUAAUCAACCGUCUAUCACACAAGAGCAGCCAACGAUGACUGAGAAUAGAUACAAACGAAAUAAUUCCCCAUCUACCUCACAAGACCAUCCUGCUGUGACUGAGAACAGAUACAAACGACCGGAUUCUCGUAUGAAUAAUUUUCCAUCUACGGCACAACAGCCUUCAGUUGUGAUAGAGAAUAGGUACAAAAGAGCUGAUCCAAGAAUCAGUUUCCAACAAACGAUAUCACGGGACAAUUCUGUUUUGAAUAGCAGAGGACCUGAAGC